GACAGUUGAGCACUUUGAAGUAAAGUGUCAAAUCGACUGACAUUUCAGCAAAUAUAAAAAUAAACAACAUAGAUUCACGCAUUGCAAUGUUAUUUACUUCGACUUGAAAUAAGUUUUACCUUCAUUUUAAUAAAUUUGUUGGAAAAAAAUCAGAAAAAUAAGGUGAUGGAAGUCAUAUGUUAUCUCUGCAAUGAGCAGACCAACGACUGGCGUGUUUUGAAUUUAAAUUUUACUGAACUCAAGUCACAGCACUCGAAUACACCGAUCGUUGAUUUACUCAAGCGAUUUCUCGACGAUUUUGAGUCUCAACGCGACAUUGAAAACGAAACGAAUUGUGUUUGUCCAAAGUGUUUGGAUCGCAUCAAUGACUACGAUCGUAUGUGUGUCUUGUGCGAGGAAAAGGAGAAAGAGUUGAAAGAGCUACUUUUAACCACAGAAAAGUGGCACAUGAGUCGUGAAUUAGUAUUGCAAAGUUCAGAUUUGCAAAGUUCAGAUGCCGAACAUGGGCUAUUAUCAAAGGAAAUUGAAGUGGAUUUAGAGAUAAAAGAAGAGCCUAUCGCUGAAUCUGAUCCCAAGCUAGACUCCGUGGCCGAUCCCAUUUCAAUUGAAAAUGCAUCUGUACUCAUGAUACAGGUAGAAGAAGAUGGAUCAGAAUACACGUAUGAAAUCAUGGUCGAAGACAAUGAUGAUGCCGAAAUAGAGCUGAAGGAAACUGAAAUGGAGCACGAUUGUAAGAUUAAAGAAGAACCAAACUCUGAACCGGAAGAGCCAAACUCUGAAUCUGAUGACGAAUCAGAGCUGGGUUCAAAUGAAAAUGAAUCACAAGCAGCGGAAACAAUCAUUAAGCAAACGCUAACCAAACAGAAAAAAACUGAUGAGCCAUCGUCGAAGAGGCAAAUCGUUGAACUGGACAGGGAAAUUCCGCAAACCAAUCGCAAACGAUUUUGGCCCGGUUCAGAUGAAAUUCCCAAGAAUCUAAACCAUGAACAGUUCAAACGAUAUUGCACACAGUGUAAAAUUUAUUUCAGACGAAGCAAAUACUAUAAGAUCCACAUGGAAAAAAUCCAUCAUCCAAAAUGCGAGUUUUGUGACAUUAUAUUCAAAACAUCGGAUGAACUGACGGUUCAUAUGCAAUGGCAUGAUACGAUGAUAGGUGUUUUGUGUCAAAUCUGCCAUUUUCAAUUGGCCAAUGAAGACAAACAUCGGAAACAUUUAGAAUUACAUAAUGAAAAAUUGAAAAAUCAAUGUGUUCUUUGUGACAAAAAUUUCGUGAAUCGAAAAUACUUGGUGCUUCAUGUAAAACAACAUAAAGCGCUAUGUGAUCUGUGUGACAAGCGAUUCAUGACUCAUGAAAGAAUGACAAUACAUCGGCAAACUCAUCUAGAUGGAAACCGAUUCAAAUGCUCACACUGUCCAAAAACAUUCACAACUAGUGAUCAUUUACGCGCUCACGAGAAAAUUCAUUCUUCAGCCAGUCCAUUUGCCUGCUUAUUUUGUGGUAUGCGAUUCAAGAACAAAUUUCUUCAUCAGGUCCAUGAAAAACGGCACACCGAAAAUAUGACUGAAAAAUGUACAUUAUGUUUGGCGAUUUUCGAACAUAAAUUCCAUCUGGAACAACACAUGGAAGAAUGGCACGGAGAUGAGCACAAGGCGCACAAGGUACUAAAAAAAACAAAACACAAAUUCACGCAUCGCAAUGUUUACCUCGGCUUGAAAUUGGUUUAUCAUAUUAAAUUGGUUAAAAAUAUAAAGAAAAUAAUAAUGGAAGUGAUUUGUUACGUCUGCAACGAGCAGACCGACGACUGGCGUCGAAAUUUUACUGAACUCAAGUCACAGCAUUCGAAUACGCCGAUUGUUGACUUUCUCAAGCGAUUCCUGGACGAUUUUGUGUCACAGCGAAACAUUGAAAGCGAAUCGAAUUGCAUUUGUGCAAAGUGUUUGGAUCGCAUCGAUGACUAUGAUUGGGUAUGGAUUUCGUGCACGGAGAAAGAAAAAGUGUUGAAAGAGCUACUUUGGACGACAGAAAAGUCACAUAUGAGUCGUAAAACUGAAUUGAUUCAAGCACUGGAACAUUUGCCAAGUUCAGAUGGCGAACAUGGGUUACCACCAAAGGAAAUCAAAAUGGAAGCAGAAUGUGAGAUCAAAGAAGAGCCCAUCGUCGAGUCCGAUCCCAAGCUAGACGCCGUGGCCGAUCCAAUAUCAAUUGAAAAUAUAUCUGUACUCGUGGUACAGGUAGAAGAAGCUGGAUCAGAAUAUACGUAUGAAAUAAUGGUCGAAGACAAUGAUGAUGCCGAAGUAGAGCUGGAGGAAACUGAAAUGGAGCACGAUUGUGAGAUUAAAGAAGAACCCAAUUCUGAGUCCGAAGAGCCAUACUCUGAAUCCGAACACGAACCAGAGUGGGAUUCAAAUGAAAAUGGAUCAACAGUAUCAGAGACAAUCAUUCAACCAAAACCUGCUUUCCACCUGCACCAUUCUUCAUCAAAGAAACAAAUUGCUGAACUGGACACAAACAACGAAAAAAAUCCAGUAGACAAACUUGUUGCUUUUCAAUUUCGACGACACGCCAAACUUCCGGGAACAGAACUAAGAACAAAACGACUCUCUAUGAGAAGAGACGUUGAUUCUAAAACUUUAACGGAAAAACAAUUGCAACGAUAUUGUGCACCGUGUAGAAUAUAUUUCAGAGUAACCAAAGAUUAUAAGAGGCACCUGUUCAGACAUCAACGAACGUGUAACCUCUGCAAUGUUACGUUCUCAAAUCUGGAAAAGUAUUCGGUACACAUGCAAUGGCAUAACUCACCAGCGGCUCUGAUGUGUCGAAUCUGCAAUUUUAAAUUGCCCAAUGAAAAUGAACAUCGGAAACAUUUGAAAUUGCACGAAGGAAAAUCGAAUCGUCAAUGUGUUAUCUGUGAUAUUGAUAAGGAAUUUACAUCGGUGUCAGGUUUGAGACAUCAUGUUAAAAACCAUGGUGAAGCGGACGUUCUCUGUGACCUUUGCGCGAAAAAAUUCCAUAGUACAGACGCAUUGAGAAAACAUCGCCAAAUUCAUUUAAAUGAAAAUCCAUACAAAUGCUCGCAUUGCCCAAAAUCAUUCAAAACUUAUGGCUAUUUGUGGGUUCACGAGAAAAUUCAUACGUCCACAGAACGACCAUUUACUUGCUCAGUUUGUGAUAUGCGCUUUAAACGUAAGGACCAUUGGAAGGCUCACGAAAAACGGCACACCGAAAAUACAAAAACGGUAAAAUGCACACUUUGUCCGGCGGCUUAUGAACACAAAUUCCACCUGAAGCAACACAUGGAAAGGAGACACGGAGCUGAACAACCACAAGGAACAAAAAAAUUAAAGUCACCAAAAAUGGGAGAGCGAGGAACCGAAAAUAUAGAAUGAAGAAUACAAACGGAAUGAGAUUUUCUAUCAAAAUGUGAAGAAUAAAGUAAAUGGCUGUCAAAUAUUAUGUAUAA